AAAAAGGAUUUUCAUAAUCAUGGCUGACAGAUUAACACAAUUACAGGACACUGUUAAUAUGCAAGCUGAACAUUUCUGUAAUGCAAUCGGUAUAAUACCAACUUCUUAUCCAAGCAAAUUCCCAAAUUUUGACCGUACCGGAUCCCAAACUCCAGUACAGAAUCAACAACAAGAAGAUUAUGCCCAACUAUUUGCUCAGCUUAUAUCACGUUGCGCCAAAGAUAUUGAUACCCUAAUCGAGUCAUUACCAAAUGAGGACAGCUCGACGGAAUUACAAAAUCAAAGUCUUAAAAGAUUGGAAUUGGAAAACCAGGAAGCUGCCGAACGUUUGGAAGAAAUCGCUUUAAAAGGCGAGUUGCUUUUGGGCAAAAUUCAGAAUGCCUUAGAAGAUAUAGCCCAAGCUCAACUAGAUAUGCAAAUAACCAUGAAAAAUAACAAUAGUUAAAAUUGUCUCAUUAGCUGCUUAUGUUUAUGUAUUUACAUUUGGUCAAAUAUUUUUUAAAUUUAUUUUAAAUAAUGCUUGUUAUAGG